UCCAUCUUCCACCUGGCCAGCUGAUUUCAUCCCAACAUCCAAAAUGUUUCACUCGAAGGUCUUGAAACUAAAGGAACUUCGACUCAAUCGAGCAACGUCGACGGUUCCAGCGAGCCAAAUUAAAGAAUUUUGCCAACGCAGAAAGAAUUUGCAGAGAAGCUUGGAAGCUCACGUUCUGAAAGAAACACUGGAAAACAUCGAUCUCUACACAAGAACCGUCGUAAAGAAUCCUCUGGAAACCCAGCUCUCCGUACAAAUCCGUAACAAAAUUUUACACAAUCUGCUAAAAUGGAAUUCCGGCCCUAAAGAAAACAGAGAAUUCGACAGAAUUUACAACCCGGUCUACCACUUGCUGAACUCGCAGACCAAAAGUUUUGACUGGGAUGCUCUGCUGUCUCAUCUCCCCAAUAAGUCGAGUGACCUGUCUGUCUUGUUGAAGAUUUUCAAGAUGGUCGUCUCUCGCGCUCCAAACCUGGUGCAUCUCAAAAUAAACGGGAUCCAUUUCAACGGCUUGUACGGAGACCAAAGCAACACACAGAGCAGAAACCAUUUUCAUCAGCUGACCAAGCUGAGAAUCCUUGAGAUCACCAAUUUCGAGGAGAGGGAUGAAAACUCGAUAACACCAUCCAGGUGUUUCGAAAUCCGGGCUGAUCGUAGGGACGUCUUGCACGGCUAUUGCGUCAGAAUCUCGGACAUCAUGCACCUCUGCGAACACUUGCCCAACUUGCGAGUGCUCAACGCGACCUUUGACAGUCGCAGAAACCCUUCCGUUACAGACGCCGAACUAAUCCAGACCCUGAAAAACCUGACCUUGCUGCAAACCGAUCAAAUUACAAACAUCUUAGUAAGCAAGAUAAGAAGCGCCCUUCCCUACCUGAGCAUUAUCGAGGACAUUGGACACUACAAUUUGUCUUUUGCGGACUUAAUAAAAAGCAGUCCCCUCAAACUCUUUGAAUUUGGAAACAACUACAUUCCCAAGUUCUACAAACCGGCUGAUUUUGUGUCUAGCGUCACGCAUCUUGCGGUUCACUUCAGACAUAAUCAAGCUAUCGUGUCUGGGUUCGCUCUUCUGGACCAAAUGACUCGAGUCGAGAGUUUGACCUUGAUGUUUGCGGAUGAUGCAGUCUACAUUAAUUAUAUUUUGAACAGAUUGGGACACCAGCUCAAAAGACUUCACCUCAAGGAGUUUACGGGAUUAAAAAUGCAGUUUAACAAAAUCGCCGAGAAGUGUCCGAAUCUGGAAGUACUUCACCUCGACUCGGUCGAAAUUGAAGACUCCUUUCAACCUCUAAACAAAAGAUUCCCCCACCUUGAAGAGCUCACCUGGCACAUUAGCAGGUCGAAUGAGUCAACCUUCCUGGCCAAUAUUCUAUCGAUGCCAAGGCUUAAAAAGGUGGACCUGAAAUUGCAUCGAUUCAACGAGGAAGACCUGCGAUAUUUAACCUCGUUGAUCGAGAGAAAAGAGAUCUUAUCACACUUGGAAGUCUUCAACAUGAAAUUGAACCCAAUGAUCUCGAGAGAACUCUUAGAAAAAGUAGCAACUUUGUUUAUAACCGCGGAUGCCUGCCUGAGUAAAUCGGCUGAGUUGGGAUUCUACUUCGAAUCUCUUCCUUGGCCCCAGCUGAGACCUCUGACUGUAAAAGUGUAAAACAUCAUAAGUAAUAAAUUGGCCCACUCUUUGUUACAACCAG